AUGAAAUCCUCCUCAAUUGUUAUGCAGCAGGCUUUAAAAAAGCAAAUGGAAAAGCGCAAUCAGGCAGCAAUCAUUCUUCAGUCGUACUGGAGAUGUUUUAAGGCUAAUCAGCGAGAUUACAAUCAAAAGAGGCAAGCAAUUUUAAAACUGCAGGCAUUAUUUCGCAUGAAAAUCCAGAGAUAUUUUUUUCUGGUCAAAGAGAUGGCUGCCUGUAAAAUUCAAAAGUGGUUCAGAAAUGAAUUACAAAGAGACAGGGUUAAAACAGAAUACCAGAGAAAGAGACACUCAAUAGUAGUUCUUCAAAGUGCUUCAAGAGGUUGGAUGGCUAGAAAACAAGAAAAUCAAAGAAAAUUCCUAAUUAUCCGAAUCCAGUCUGUGGCCAGAAAAAUAAUAAAUGAGCGGAAGUUCCAGAUUUGGAGGAAAUAUACUGUGCUUUGUCAAAGGCGCUAUCGAGCUAAGUUGCAUGGCAGAUUGAUCCGUCGUCAGUAUUUGAACCUCAUUGCAGCAGCUGUGACAAUACAGUCAUGUUACAGAGGACUUCAGACUAGAAGGCUGAUGUUGCUGAAAGAGGAAAGUGCCAAGGGAAUUUAG